UUUCGAAUUCGACACAGCAACAUUUUUGUAUAAUAUUGAGUCAAAAACUGCUACCAGUAUCGACAAUUAUAUUGAAAUUAAAAGUGUAUGCUUUGGAGCAUAGCUAACAACGAUAUUUUUGCAAAUAGGUGUAGAACUUUUCGAAAUAAUGGAAGUAGAAAACGGCGAGGGACAGGUGCAAGUGCGGCUGAAGACUAAACAGGAACACUAUGCUGUCCCUGAUGUACCUUAUACAAUCGAAGGCAAUGUAACGACGGAGGAGUUAAACACAUUCGUAAACGCGUUGCUGGAGCAAGCCGCAUUGAAUGCAGGCGACCAUAAGACACCCGUAGAUUUUGAUUUCAUAGUUAUAUAUGAAUAUUUGCGUGGUCGAUUAUGCGAUCAUUUACGUGAAAAGGAAAUUUCAUUUGAAGAUACCAUCGAUAUAGAAUAUGUUGAACGUUUCCCAGCACCGGAACCUAAAGAUUGUUUGCUGCAUGAUGAUUGGGUAUCUGCGGUCAAGGUAUGUGACAAGUGGAUAUUGACCGGUUGCUACGACAACACCAUCAACAUUUGGACGGAGAAAGGAAAGCAUGUCCUAACUAUACCGGGACAUACACAGCCACUUAAGGCGGUCGCUUGGGUAUCAGUGGACGAGGAGCGUGGUAAAUUCGUUUCAUGCUCACAGGAUCAAACGGCAAUGCUAUGGGAAUGGCUGGUUGGAACGAACUCGGUGGAAUGCGUAUCGGUGUGUAAAGGGCAUGAGCGAGGAAUCGAUUGCGUUGAUGUUAGUCCGGAUAAAUCUCGUUUCGCUACAGGCAGUUGGGAUACAAUGCUCAAGAUAUGGUCGGCGGAAAUAAAUGAAGGAGGAGAGGGUACUUCCAAACGAGCUAAAGAAAGUGGCACAACUAGGGUUCCUCAAAUGACAUUGCAAGGACAUCGUGAAUGCAUAUCUUCCGUACAAUGGAUGGAUGCGGAUACACUUUUGACCAGCAGUUGGGAUCACACGUUGAAAAUUUGGGAUCUACAUCUCGAGGGCAUUAAAACAGAAAUUUCUGCCAACAAGUCCAUUUUUGACGCAAGUUACUCUAAAUUGAAUCGACUCAUUGUCACGGCAUCGGCGGAUAAAAAUUUACGGCUUUAUGAUCCGCGCACAAAUCAGGGAAAUAUAGUGCGCAGUACAUACUUCGGUCACAGCCAAUGGGUGCAAACUGUAAUGUGGUCGAUAAAUGAAGAGUUUCUUUUCGUAUCUGGUUCCUAUGAUAAUCAAGAUAAGCUUUGGGACUUGAGAAGCCCUAAAGCACCGCUAUACGAUUUGUUGGGUCAUGGCGAUAAGGUGCUGGACAUUGAUUGGUCAAAUCCAAAGUAUAUCGUUUCAGGGGGUGCUGAUAACACUGUGCGAGUUUUCAAGUCACGUAAAGCCGUUUCCGCGGAAGCCAUGGACGAGGGCAAAUAAAUUCUUCCGAAGUCGACGAAAAGAGUUUUCUGAGAAAACUAUCAGACGUUAUAUUUUUCACGAGCUAAAUUAACUUUUGAUAAAAAAUAAUAAAAAUUAAAAACCUCAAAUCGAAAACGA